AUGAUAAGCCACAUCUGCUUUGGGAUGAAAUCUCCUGAAGAAAUGAGGCAACAGGCUCACCUCCAGGUGGUUAGUAAAAAUUUAUACAGCCAAGAUAACCACUCUCCUCUUCAAUAUGGCGUAUUGGACCAUCGCAUGGGUACAAGUGAAAAGGAUCGUCCCUGCAAAACCUGUGGAAAAAAUCUGGCAGAAUGCUUGGGGCAUUAUGGCUACAUUGACCUGGAGUUACCUUGUUUUCACGUGGGAUACUUCAAAGCUGUGAUAGGCAUUCUCCAGAUGAUUUGCAAGACGUGUUGCCGUAUCUUACUAAACACCGAGGAACAGAAACAAUUUUUGGAUUAUCUGAAGAGACCUGGUUUGACCUAUCUCCAGAAAAGAGGCUUGAAGAAAAAGGUCUCCGAAAAAUGUAGGAAGAAGAACACUUGCCCCCAUUGUGGUGCUUUCAAUGGCACCGUAAAGAAGUGUGGGUUGCUAAAGAUCAUCCAUGAGAAGUAUAAGACCACCAAAAAGAUUGUGGACCCCCUGGUGUCUGAUUUCAUUCAGUCCUUCGACACUGCAAUAGAACACAACAAAGAGAUCGAGUCUUUACUGGGAAAAGCCCAGGAGAACCUGAACCCCUUAAUGGUGUUGAACAUCUUGAAGAGAAUUCCUGCAGAAGACAUCCCUCUUCUUCUGAUGAACCCAGAAUCGGGGAAGCCUUCAGACUUGAUCCUGACCCGCCUUUUGGUUCCACCACUCUGCAUUCGGCCUUCUGUGAUCAGCGACUUGAAAUCCGGCACCAACGAGGAUGAUCUAACAAUGAAGUUGACAGAAAUCAUUUUCCUUAACGAUGUGAUCAAAAAGCAUAGAAUAUCCGGAGCCAAAACUCAGAUGAUAAUGGAAGAUUGGGAUUUCCUGCAGCUACAAUGUGCCCUGUAUAUUAACAGCGAACUUUCCGGCAUUCCCCUCAACAUGGCGCCCAAGAAAUGGACCAGAGGCUUUGUGCAACGGCUCAAAGGGAAGCAAGGUCGUUUUAGGGGAAACUUGUCUGGAAAACGAGUCGAUUUCUCAGGUAGAACAGUGAUCUCUCCCGACCCGAACCUGAGAAUUGACGAAGUGGCUGUACCUGUUCACGUGGCCAAGAUUCUCACCUUUCCGGAGAAGGUAAACAAGGCCAACAUCGCCUUCAUGAGGAAACUUGUACGUAAUGGUCCAGAAGUCCAUCCCGGUGCCAACUUCAUCCAGCAGAGGCAUACACAAAUGAAACGGUUUUUGAAAUAUGGAAACCGGGAGAGGAUGGCGCAGGAGCUGAAGUAUGGAGACAUUGUAGAGAGGCACCUGAUCGAUGGAGACAUAGUCUUGUUUAACCGCCAGCCCUCUUUGCACAAGCUCAGCAUCAUGGCUCACAUCGCUAAGGUAAAGCCGCACCGGACUUUCCGGUUCAACGAAUGUGUUUGCACGCCAUACAACGCCGAUUUUGACGGCGACGAGAUGAACCUUCAUCUUCCUCAAACCGAAGAAGCCAAAGCCGAAGCACUUGUCCUGAUGGGGACCAAAGCCAACUUGGUAACCCCAAGGAAUGGAGAACCGCUGAUCGCUGCAAUUCAGGAUUUUCUGACAGGUGCUUAUCUCCUCACGCUAAAGGACACUUUCUUUGAUCGAGCGAAAGCGUGUCAGUUGAUCGCCUCUAUUCUGGUGGGCAAGGAUGAAAAAGUGAAAGUUCGCCUCCCACCUCCAGCAAUUCUUAAGCCAGUCACCCUGUGGACAGGAAAGCAGGUCUUCAGUGUCAUUCUGAAGCCUGGAGACAGUUGUCCCGUCAAGGCCAAUCUCAGAACCAAAGGCAAGCAAUACUGCGGCAAAGGAGAAGAUUUGUGCAGUAAUGACUCCUAUGUUGCAAUCCACAACAGCGAGUUGAUGUCUGGCAGCAUGGACAAAGGGACGUUGGGAUCCGGAUCGAAGAAUAAUAUAUUCUACAUUUUACUGAGAGAUUGGGGCCAAGUGGAGGCCGCUGAUGCCAUGUCAAGGUUAGCCAGACUGGCUCCUGUCUACCUCUCUAACCGUGGCUUUUCCAUUGGAAUUGGCGAUGUCACCCCUGGCCAAGGCUUGCUGAAGGCAAAAUACGAACUUCUGAAUGCCGGCUACAAGAAAUGUGACGAAUAUAUUGAAGCCUUGAAGACUGGAAAGCUACAGCAGCAACCUGGCUGCACAGCGGAGGAAACCCUAGAGGCUCUGAUUCUGAAGGAACUGUCCGUUAUCCGAGACCACGCUGGCAGUGCCUGCCUUAGAGAGCUAGACAAAAGUAACAGCCCCCUCACGAUGGCCGUUUGUGGUUCCAAAGGCAGCCCCGACAAAAAAGUUAUCUCGCAGGCUAAGAACACGCCAAUUAUCACUGCCCAUCUCGACAUAGAUGAUGAUCCUGAUUUUGCCCGUUUGGUCAAAGGAAGAAUAGAAAAAACACUUCUGGGAGAGAUAUCGGAGUACAUCGAAGAAGUCUUCCUUCCUGACGACUGUUUCAUUCUUGUCAAGCUUUCUCUGGAGCGGAUUAGGCUGCUGAGGCUGGAAGUUAAUGCGGAGACUGUGAGAUAUUCCAUUUGCGUCUCGAAGCUCAGAGUGAAGCCCGGGGAUGUGGUGGUCCACGGGGAAGCGGUAGUCUGCGUUACUCCGCGUGAGAAUAGCAAGAGCUCCAUGUAUUACGUCUUGCAGGCUCUGAAAGAGGAGCUGCCAAAAGUUGUGGUACAAGGUAUACCGGAGGUGUCUCGUGCUGUCAUUCAUAUUGACGAACAGAGCGGAAAGGAAAAGUACAAAUUAUUGGUGGAAGGUGACAACUUGAGAGCUGUCAUGGCCACCCAUGGGGUAAAAGGAACCAGAACGACAUCGAACAACACUUAUGAGGUUGAGAAAACCUUGGGCAUUGAAGCUGCACGAACCACUAUUAUCAGUGAAAUCCAAUAUACUAUGGUAAACCACGGAAUGAGCAUUGAUCGGAGGCAUGUCAUGCUGUUGUCAGACCUAAUGACCUACAAGGGUGAAGUUCUGGGAAUCACUCGAUUUGGGCUUGCAAAAAUGAAAGAGAGCGUCUUGAUGCUUGCUUCCUUCGAAAAGACGGCAGACCAUCUCUUUGACGCCGCCUACUUUGGGCAGAAGGAUUCGGUGUGCGGUGUUUCUGAAUGCAUUAUUAUGGGUAUCCCAAUGAACAUCGGAACGGGACUGUUCAAACUGUUGCACAAAGCUAAUAAGGAAGCUGUUCCUCCAAGGCGGCCUUUAAUUUUUGAUAACCAUGAUUUCCACAUCUCCCUUCCAUCGUAGCAGCAGCUAUGGAUGGUGUGUGUGUGUGUGUGU